ACUGACGUUAAACCAGUGUGUGAGUUGGGCGGGGGAGUAAGUGGGAUGGGGUAUCUAUUCCGUACAACAGCCACAGUAGCUAGCCAGGAUACCAUCGCUAGCUAGGUGUUUACCUAUUUUUAACGCACGUUUCCCCUUAAAUGAACUUAUCUGAAUAUUGUUGUGACAUCGCCUGGUGUUGGUAAAUAGCUCAUGUUGAGAUUCAUGUAUUUGUUGUCGAUGUCAUCAUCGAUUUUUGAUGCUAGUUAGGCGUGGAAAAACAGGGCCUUCAGUUUGCAGCAGAGCUGUCAGAUGUCGGUGUCUCUAGCCAAACCAUAGUGCAGGAAUUGGUUUUAUAAAAUUAAAAAAGUGUACCUGUGUUGGCUGAUGUGCGAUAGUUAGAUGUUUAGUUAAUUGAUUAUCCAUUUCUAGAAUGUCGAUGGGUUGUCAGGCAGCUAGUUACUAGUAAAUGCAGUAAUUCCAAAGCUUUGAGUGAGUAGAGUAACGUUAGCUUCCUAGCUAAACUAAAGAGCAUAAUAUUCGGCGACAUUCCCUGCUUCAGUACGACUAAUUCGACAUACGUUUUGUAAUAGUCUACUCUGGCAGAGUCAGACACACCCCUUGAUUGAAGUGUGUCUACUUAUUGUAGCCACUUACUGAUGUCAGCUUGCUUCAAUGUAUUGUUUUAUCUACACAAACAAAAUAUCAGAUUCAUAUUUUUGUGUAUUAUUAGCUAGAUCUUUAGAAGAAGUUGAAUAAACAUGAGUGACCUGGGGGACAUUUGUCCCCACCUGGAAUCCAUAGGGGAGGUCACCAAGGAGGACCUUCUGCAGAAAUCCAAGGGAACCUGCCAGUUAUGUGUAGCAGGAGGACCCAACCUCUGGGCCUGUCUUCAGAGCGAGUGUCCAUAUGUUGGCUGUGGAGAAUCCUUUUCAGAUCACAGCACCCUACACGCUCAGACUAAGAAACACAGCCUGACAGUAAACCUGACAACAUUCAGGAUCUGGUGCUAUGUGUGUGAGAGGGAGGUGUUUCUAGAGCAGAGGCCUGCAGUAGUAUCUGCUAUGUCUGCCACUCACACUCCCCACCACUGUAAAGCUAUGGACAACCAGGUACGCCAUCGCACAAAGGAUGCAUUUCAUCAACCAGUGAGUCACCACCGCCCGUUGAAGGCGGUGCCCAUCGCGGUGGCAGAAGAAGAGGGGUCAGAGUCAGAGGAGGAUGACCUCAAACCCAGAGGUCUGACAGGGAUGAAGAAUAUCGGUAACUCCUGCUACAUGAACGCAGCUCUUCAAGCCCUGUCCAACUGUCCUCCUCUCACUCAGUUCUUCCUGGACUGCAGUGGACUGGUGCGGACAGACAAGAAACCUGCGCUGUGCAAGAGCUACCAGAAACUAAUCUCUGAGCUCUGGCACAAGAAACGGCCUAGUUACGUGGUCCCCACCAGUUUGUCCCAGGGAAUCAAGCUGGUCAACCCUAUGUUCCGUGGCUACGCCCAGCAGGUAGGGGCAAGCUCCCAGCAGGAUACCCAGGAGUUUCUGCGCUGUCUGAUGGACCAGCUCCACGAGGAGCUCAAGGAGCCAUUGGCAGAGUUCGGCAGGGGGGGUGAGGGGGACGAGCGGAGGGACGGGAGCGACCGCUCCCCCGCCGAGGACGAGUUCCUCUCCUGCGACUCAGGUGCCAGCAGCGACCGGGGAGAAGGAGGAGGGCUGGGGGAGGCGGGGCUGCUCAUCCAGGACGAGUGCGGGGGGGCGAGGGUGGGAGGCACUGGGGGGCGAUCAGGGACAGGAGGACCCAUCUCGGAGAAAGAGAGGCUGAAGGAGAAGAGGGUUUUGGGCUCGCCCCUCCACGGAGGCUCCCAGGAGAUGGACGAGGACGCAGAUGUGGAUACGGCGGCGGCCGAGAAGGGGGCUCUAGAGAGGGGGGCGGAGGAGGAGGAGGGGACCCCCCCUAGACCACAGAGCCCCAGUCAGAGUCAAACACAGGGGCAGAUGCAGAGCAGCAACACUCCAGAGCCAGACAACGAGGCAUCGAUGCAGCAGCGCCCCCAGUCUCGCCCCUGCAGCCCUGUCCGUACGGUCCAGGAGCUGCAACCAAAACUCUCCUCCAGCCCCCCUCGCUCUAGCACCCUCCGCUCUGCAGGGCCCACAUACUCCUUCAAGAAAGCCCAGCUGAUCCUGGGUGCCAAGAAGAAGAAACAGUCUCUCUACCGCAGUGUCAUCUCAGACAUAUUUGACGGCUCCAUCCUCAGCCUGGUCCAGUGUCUGACCUGCGACAGGGUUUCGACCACUGUGGAGACCUUCCAGGACCUGUCUCUGCCCAUCCCAGGUAAGGAGGACCUUGCCAAGCUACACUCCUCCAUCCACCAGAACAUCCCAGCCAAGACCGGUGUCUCUCUGGACGUCUACGGCUCACAGGGCUGGAUCACCUACAUCAUGGACUCCAUACGCAGGUUUGUGGUGUCCUGUAUCCCCAGCUGGUUUUGGGGCCCCAUGGUAACGCUGGAGGACUGUCUCGCUGCCUUCUUUGCUGCUGAUGAGCUCAAAGGGGACAACAUGUACAGCUGUGAAAAGUGUAGAAAAUUGAGAAAUGGUGUUAAAUAUUGCAAAGUACUUCAGCUACCUGAGAUUCUGUGCAUUCACCUGAAGCGUUUUCGUCAUGAGGUGAUGUACUCCUUCAAGAUCAACAGUCACGUGGCCUUCCCAUUGGAGGGACUCGACCUCCGACCUUUCCUGGCCAAGGAUAGCCUCUCCCAGAUCACCACUUACGAUCUGCUGUCCGUCAUCUGUCACCAUGGCACCGCAGGCAGUGGUCACUACAUAGCGUACUGUCAGAACGUGAUCAACGGUCAGUGGUAUGAGUUUGAUGACCAGUAUGUAACAGAGGUCCAUGAGACGGUGGUGCAGAAUGCUGAGGCCUAUGUGCUCUUCUACAGGAAGAGCAGUGAGGAGUCAGUGAGGGAGAGGCAGAAGGUUGUGGCUCUAGCCAACAUGAAGGAGCCCAGCCUGCUGCAGUUCUACAUCUCCAGAGAGUGGCUCAACAAGUUCAACACCUUCACUGAGCCAGGGCCCAUCAGCAACCACACCUUUCUCUGCCAGCACGGAGGGAUCCCACCCAACAAGUACCACUAUAUAGACGACCUGGUGGUGAUCCUGCCGCAGAAUGUAUGGGAGUACCUGUACAACAGUUUUGGAGGAGGCCCAGCAGUGAACCACCUGUACGUGUGUGCUAUCUGCCAGGUGGAGAUAGAGGCUCUCGUCAAACGCAGAAAGGUGGAAAUAGACACCUUUAUCAGGUUGAAUAAAGAGUUCCAGGCGGAGGAGGCUCCUACAGUCAUCUUGUGUAUCAGCAUGCAGUGGUUCAGGGAGUGGGAGAACUUCGUCAAGGGCAAAGACAACGAACCCCCUGGUCCUAUUGACAACAGUAAGAUUGGUGUGAUGAAAGGGGGACACAUACAACUAAAGCAAAGGGCUGACUAUGGUCAGAUCUCAGAGGAGACGUGGCAGUAUCUUCUCAGUAUCUACGGUGGAGGGCCUGAGACUGCAGUGAGACAGACCGUGUCGGCCCCGGCCCUCGACACAGACAGCCUGCACAGAGAGAGGAAGAUCGAGGCAGAGACCAGGGCACUCUGAGAAACACACACAAUGGUCAUCUGUCUGUCUGACUCCUACACCUGGGUGAAGAGAAGCACCUGGGUGAAGAGAAGCACCUGGGUGAAGAGAAGCACCUGGGUGAAGAGAAGCACCUGGGUGAAGAGAAGCACCUGGGUGAAGAGAAGCCUUGUCAGGAGCACUUUGUAAAACGUAGCAACGCGCCUCAUUCUAUUACCUGUGCAGAAGGACAUAGUUGUCAAUUAUCAUCCUACCGUAGUGAAAAGGUCUUAUUUAUUGAAUAAAUCUUAAAAAGAUUUCUAAGUGAAAAAUGUAACAUUGCGUGACACCAUGUUUCUGAUGCUGUUAGCAGCUAUGGUUGGUUAAGUCUAAAUCUAAAGAGCUGCUGUACCAGUGUAGUAGGUGUGUCAUCGUUAAAGGUGUUCAGACGAGAAGUGGAGGGAGGUAGUGGUGUUUGGGACCAUGAUGCCAAGGAGUGUGACAUCGUCAGUGUUAAUCACUGCUUGAAGACUCGGGUCAACAUGUACAUUCUGCUCCACACACGACAUUCAGUGACGACACGUCGGCCACUUUUACUGAUGUAAAAAAUAAAAAAUGUAAAGAAAUAAAAGGAUGUUCAGAGUUGAAUGUUCUGCUUCUUUCCGAGGAGGACUACAGUGUUUUCCGAUUGGCCUGACUCGUGCCGUCUCAUCGCAUAGACAUUACAAUUGAUUUGUUUAAGUCAUACAGAUUAAAGCUCAUCCCAUCAAGACCCCCUAAUAUUAUGUUUACAGACAGUAGGAACAAGCAGAUGAGGGGAUUCUCUCUCUCUGUUCCUUAGUGAGUGAUUUCACAAGGUUUUGAGGUGUAGAAGAUGAGUCUUGUCCCAGAUCUGUUUUGUGCCGUCUUACUAACUCUCUAUGGUCUAGUUGGCAAGAUGGCACAAACGAUUCUGGGACCAGGCUAAUAGGAAACCGCAGCAGAUCUACAGGGGAGGAGGGGACCCUCAGGAGAGUAGCCCCAGGUCAGGAUAUCAGGCUAGCAGGGAGGAAAGAGAGGGGGGUCCAACCCCCAGUCCCCCUGCAGGGAUAGAGGUAGAGGUGACCAGUGUGGAAGAGUGUGAAGGGCUAUAUCUGUCAAAUCUCUAUCACGUCUCGUACUUCUCCCCAGCUCCAUAUCCCAGAAUUCAACACUCCCCCAGGUCACUAGCCUGCACCAGCCUGCACUUGUCUCUCUGCUUGGGGAAAUAUCAUAUUCACCCUUAUCCCUCUUACCAUAAAGGUUCAUUAACCUGCAGUGUGCAUGUUAGUACUGCACGCUAACACAGAUGUUGAAACUUGUUUUCCUUUUCUUUGGUAUCGGUUGGCAGGAGGAUGUUGUUGUGUACCCUCUUAGUAAAAAUGGUUCCAAAAGGGUUCUGAGGCUGUCCCCAUAGGAGAACCCUUUUUUGGUUCCAGGUAGAACUCUUUUGGGUUCCAUGUAAAAACCAGAGGGAACCCAAAAAGGUUCUACAUGGAACCCAAAAGGGUUCUUCAAAGGGUUAUCCUAUGGGGACAGCUGAAGAACCCUUUUGGGUUCUAGAUAGCCCCUUUUGUUCUAACAAUGUAUAAGAGGGAGAUGAUGUAAUCCAAGCGGGCAUGUCCAUAUGAGCUUCACCUGAGUUCUGAUUCCUUCAGAAUGCCAACUAGCCAUUUAAAUGUUAACUAACAUACGUUCAAGUGUGUCUGUCUACUGUAGCAAUGCUAUGUAAUGGAUGCUGAAUGACAGUGUUGGUACCUAAAUGUGAAAGUUUGAGUGAUUCUGUGCUGGUAAUUGGUAUGUCGGUGUCCAAAGAGAAGUAAAUGUUUCCCCCUUCUUCUUUUUCUAUAUAUUUUGUUUGUAUUCCUUUGUUUUUGCCAAUUCUGUAAAGAAGUGAAACCUCCAAGUGUUUUUGCAGAGAAGUGCAAUGAAAACCUUUGAUGGUCUAUCUGUGCUCAGACACCUUAGAGUUUAUUAUUAUUAUAGGCUGCCAAUGGGUUGCUGAAGCGUUGUAACUUAGUUAUGACAGCUGACUAUACAGUGAGGGUCCCUGUGGUACAUUCCAGCGGUCUGUGAUUAUUUUCUCAAUUCACCUCUGAAUUCCUGGUUUGUGUGUCUACGUUGGGUUGUGUACACACACUUGCGUGUAAGCGUUUCAUUUUCACUGGUAAAUGGUUGAACAUAAAGAUGUUGCUGUGGUGGGAUUGAUUGCAUAGAUAAUGACUUGCCUCAUAUCUUUUUCCCAAAACAAUAAUAGGAGUUAAUCAACUGCUGUUUUUCAAUGACGAGAGAGAGUGUGUCAUAGUGAUGGUGAUCUUUUGUUGCUAUUUGACUUCUGUGGUUGAUCCACACUCAGAUGAUUGUCUGGGAUUGUCUGGAAAACAGAUGUAAUUAUAAAUGAUUAUAUGAUUAAAAGCCUGCUCUAUCUUGUG